ACAACUCUCUCCGCCUUUUCUCUCUCGGCUUGCUUGCCUUCCGAAAGCGUAGGUUUCUCGCUGCGAGGGCUGAAGGUUGGGAGACGAACUCAGCAUAACGACAGAAUUUCUCUACUUCUUAGCAUCGACAAUUUCACCACCCAAUCGACGCCGCCAGGUACUCUCCUUCCCAGUAUUCUAUCUGUGCUAUAUUUUUUAUGGCUUCUACUGCAAUGGCCUCUAUUCGAUAUGCUCCAGAGGAUCCUACUCUUCCCAAGCCAUGGAGAGGUCUAGUAGACGGUAAAACUGGGUAUAUUUACUUUUGGAAUCCAGAGACCAAUAUCACUCAAUAUGAGAGGCCUAUGAGCUCGGCUGUGCCACUCAAACCUUCCUCAUUUUCUGUAAGUUCUUCAGUUCAAGUUCAGCAAUCUUCUCAAGGACAAUACAGGGGCUACAUUCCUGAAAAGGAAGAUGAUAGGUAUAAUGGAGACAAAGAUGUUGGGUCAAAAUUUGAGGGAGGUUCAAGGGGUAAUCAGGGUAUGAGGGGCGGACUAACUCAAUCUCACAAUGAUGCAAAUGGGACUAUAGCUGCUGUACAUGGAGGAUCUACUAGAGGGUAUGGAUCAUCGGAUGGAGGAAGUAGUUUAUCUGUGGAGGCUUAUCGUCGUCGGCACGAAAUCACUGUUAUUGGAGGUGAAGUGCCUGCCCCUUUUACGUCUUUUGAAGCCACUGGUUUUCCUCCUGAGAUUCUUCGAGAGGUACAGAAUGCUGGCUUCUCUGCCCCUACUCCAAUUCAGGCACAAUCAUGGCCUGUUGCUUUGCAAAGUCGAGAUAUAGUGGCCAUUGCUAAAACUGGCUCUGGGAAGACUCUGGGUUACUUAAUUCCAGGAUUCAUUAAUCUCAAGCGCAGCCGUAAUAACCCUCAGAUGGGUCCAACUGUGUUGGUGUUGUCACCAACGAGGGAGUUGGCGACCCAGAUUCAAGAUGAAGCUGUGAAGUUUGGGAAGUCGUCAAGAAUUUCUUGCACAUGUGUUUAUGGCGGAGCACCUAAGGGUCCCCAAUUACGUGAUCUAGAUAGAGGAACUGAUAUUGUAGUCGCUACUCCUGGCCGCUUGAAUGAUAUUCUCGAGAUGAAGAGAGUUAGCCUUCAUCAAGUUUCUUACCUUGUGCUGGAUGAGGCUGAUCGCAUGUUGGACAUGGGUUUUGAACCUCAGAUAAGAAAGAUUGUUAAGGAGGUGCCUGCUCGUCGCCAAACUCUUAUGUACACAGCCACUUGGCCAAAGGAAGUUCGGAAAAUUGCAGCAGAUUUGCUUGUGAAUCCUGUUCAGGUUAAUAUUGGGAAUGUCGAUGAGCUCGUGGCUAAUAAGUCGAUCACGCAGUAUAUCGAGGUACUGCCACCCAUGGAGAAACACAGACGGCUGGAGCAAAUAUUACGGUCUCAAGAACCUGGGUCAAAGAUAAUUAUUUUCUGUUCAACCAAGAAAAUGUGUGAUCAACUAGCUCGCAACCUUACCCGUCAAUUUGGAGCUGCAGCCAUUCAUGGAGAUAAGUCACAGACUGAUAGAGAUUACGUGCUGAGUCAAUUCCGUACUGGGAGAUCUCCAGUGCUUGUUGCAACUGAUGUCGCUGCUAGAGGACUGGACGUAAAGGACAUCAGGGUUGUUGUCAACUACGACUUCCCCACUGGAGUUGAGGACUAUGUUCACAGGAUUGGGAGGACUGGGAGGGCCGGUGCCACUGGAGUGGCUUACACUUUCUUCAGUGACCAGGAUGCAAAACAUGCUUCAGAUCUCAUCAAAGUUUUGGAAGGGGCAAACCAGCAAGUCCCUUCAGAAAUUCGUGGAAUGGCUUCUCGCGGUGGUGGCAUGGUAAGGGCUAGGCGUUGGGCUUCUGGUGAUGGAGGCCAUGGUGGGGGAAGUGACUUUGGUUAUGGUGGAAGGGGUUCAAGUUACUCUUCUGGCAGGGCAGAAAGAGGUGGAGGUCGUGGAUAUGGCCGUGAGUCCCGCGAUAGGUAUGACCGCAGUUAUUUUGGUGGUAAUGAUAGAGGCCGUAGUCGCAGUAGGAGCCCUGAACGGUUUGACGGGGCUCAAUCCAAACGGGAACGGUCUCCAGUGCGGAGUUUCCACCAGGCAAUGAUGGAAGGGGGCCGGUCAAUGGCUCAAAACCAUCUGGUGCCACCAUACAAAAGUGACGAUGCAAAGGACUACAGAAAUUCUGCAAAAUCAUGGAGUCCUAAAAAAGAUGAUGGGGGAUUUGUUGACCGGCCACAGUUUGGGGAUGAAGAAGAGGAAGGCAGAAUUGAAGGUGAUGGCCUCUUACCUCCAGUUGAGGGUGGUAUGUAGAGGGGAGCAGAUGGAUCCUUUACUCUUCGAAUGUUACCUGGUUGUACUAAUACUACUUUUAAUGAUCACGUUUUUAACUGGCAUGUAUUUUUUGGAUUUAAUCCCCUUUUCAUAAAAAGGGAAGGAGGUAGUCAGGUGGGGAAGAGCAACUGGAUAGUGAGGGAUGUAGGGUAAUCCAAACGCAAAUUUUGGUUUUUGGGUGAUUUCUGCCUUUUGGAGAUCUGGAUGGUGGAAGUAUCUUACUGUUGGUUUCCCCUUCUUUUUGGCUAAUAGGUGGAAAAUCAGCUUACUGAAUUGUGUCUAAUGUAAUCUUUACUAAACUAGAACUAGUACCAUGUAUUACAUUGACAUGUGCGGGUGCAAAUGUAAAUUUAACAUUGACAGAAAACUUGUGUUGUUGGAGUGUAGUUUUUCCCUUCCUUUUUGAGUACUAAAUUGUAUAGAGUUGGUAACUCUUGUGGAGACUUGCUACUGAUUUUUCCCAAGAAGUAUUCUAGAUUGUUGGUGCA